CGCCGGGUAUCCAGUUUUAUCAGGGUUUCUUUUAGAAAUGUGCAGUGAUACACAAUUUCACUCUACCGCCGGAGUCGGAGGCACGUCGCCGACGAGCCGACGUUGACGCACCUCCCACCUCUGCGGCGACGCCGCCGCCUCCGCCCCAGCCGCGCGCGCCUCCUAUCCAGCAACGGCCCCGCGUUCUCCGUCCCCGCCCGCCGCGCAGACCGCCACCAGCCCACCACUAGUCCAAUUCGAGAAGGACUAGGUUUGUUUCCGAGCACAGCACCGCAGCCCGCGGGACUCCGGAUCGGCGACGGAAUCUCGAUCGAUCGAUCGACUGGUUCGGCCGCUGAACUCAACUCGUCUCCAAAUAGAGCCAGGGGGGAUUCUUGACCGCCUCGUUGGUCGUUGCUUACCGCGCUCGUCUUCGCAAUGGGGAGCUCCUCCGCGUGCGACGGGACUCUGUCACUCGACGAGUUCAACGCCUCAGCGAAGGCCCUGGUCACCAAGUGGAGGGGGAUUGAUGUCGACGCUCUUCCCGACUGGGAGUGGAGGCCUUGCCGCAAGAUGGGGGUGCCAUCUGAGACAGAGGGGUUUGUAGCCCUCGAAGGAGUCUAUCGAAUUCGUGCAGGAAGCCAGAUUGAGGAGAGCAGUGACGACCCUGUCCCUGAUGAUGAUGUUGUAGGGCAUGAUACCUCGGUUCAGAGCUCUAGGGAUAAUGUUCAUCUUUAUGAUUUCCAUAUUGUCUACAGCUUUUCUUACAAGGUUCCGGUGCUAUACUUUCAAGGUCUUCAGGCUGGUGGGCAGCUGCUAACUUUAGAUGAGAUAAAAAAGGAUCUUCCUCCUCAUUCACUUCAGUUGUUAAACGAAUCAAAGUGGACAUUUAUUACUCGAGAGGAGCAUCCCCACCUAAGUAGGCCAUGGUUCACCCUGCAUCCAUGUGGAACCAGUGACUGGAUGAAGUUGCUUCUUCAUAAACUGGGAGAUAAAGAUCGAUCUCUGCAAUACUUGCCAGCAUGGUUAUCUGUGGCCGGUCAGGCAGUAGGAUUGAAAAUCCCGCUUAAGCUUUAUUGCAGUUCAUAGGUUCACUCUUCUCCACUAUGUAGUACUACUAUUUUGAUUUGUUUAAAGCUACUUGCUUGAAAGAAUCAUGCAAGCUGAAUAUCAUCAGAAUUUAGUGAAGAUGAAGAUAUGAUGGGCUGCUGAUGGAAGUUACCAGUCAGUCAAUGCUCGGCUCAGUUAAGAAAUUUGAAGUGAAAAAAAUAGGAACAUAGUUGAAACAGCAACUCUCAAUUGUUGCGCCGUAUUGAGGUUCUUUACUGUGGAUAGGUGCUGCAGAAUGGUAUUUUGUCAACCCAUUCAAAACCUUGGAGUUUUGAAGGCCUGGAUGAAACCCAUUUGAAUCGUUGGAGUUCUCAGGGCUUGGAUGGCUCAUCUGAACUACUCGUAGAAGCGUCAGGCUACCUUAAUUCAUGGAGACAUGCUUCCCAUUCCCAGCAACUCAGUCAUCAGUCUUAACCUCACUGCAAAUAAGGUCCACUUGUGCUCCAUUAUGAUAUCCUUUUGUUCUACAUAGACGAUGGAGUGUUCUCAUUGCCAGAAAGAAAAGGCCAAGUAGGUCAACCUGAAAUUAUGUGGAUAUGACAAUAUUCAGCAUCUGAGAAUGGAUUUGAUGACUCCAUCGUGCAGUUCCAUUCCUACAUUAA